AUAUUAAUUAAUUAUUAAUUAGUUUAAAUUAGGUCAUUUUAAGAUGGCACAGUCUCAGUAUAACUUCAAAAAUCCCGCUGUUAAGCGGUUAAUGAGAGAAGCGCAAGAAUUAAAAGAUGCAACUGAACAAUAUUCAGCGCAACCAUUGGACGAUAAUCUUUUCGAAUGGCAUUUUACGUUUCGUGGACCGUCUGAUUCUGAUUUUGAUGGCGGAAUGUACCAUGGUAGAAUUAUUCUGCCCCCUGAAUACCCCAUGAAGCCACCAAGUAUUAUGCUUUUAACGCCGAAUGGUCGAUUUGAAUUACAUAAAAAAAUUUGUCUAAGUAUUUCUGGCUACCAUCCUGAAAGUUGGCAGCCAAGUUGGAGUAUCCGUACUGCGAUUCUUGCCAUUAUAGGCUUCAUGCCUACCAAAGGGGAAGGAGCUAUAGGCGCUCUGGAUUACAGCCCACAGGAGAGGAAGAAUCUUGCGAAAAAAUCUUCGACAUGGAGUUGCCAAUGCUGUGGUUCUAUAAAGCAGUUGUUGAAAGAACCAGGUCAGGAUUCUCACCAGAAAACGGAAAGUGAAAUCCGCGACGAGGAGCUUGCGAAACAAAUUAAUUUUUCGAAACCAAAAACGCAAACGAAAUCGGAAAGUGAGAAAGGGCCAAGCACUUCAACAACUGAAGAAGAUUCGUCAUCUACUCCUCCGAACACAGACGGCUUACGGCAGCGACAAACAUCCCCCCCAGAAAUUUCAUCGAUUCCUCCCCCUACUACCCCCCAACAACCAGCACCGCAAACGCAAAUACAGCAACCUCCACCACAACAAAACGCACAGCGCCACCAAGAGGACUCAACACCAUUCAUGUUAAUAAUUGUUUUAAGCGUAGUUCUUGCCGUAUUGCUUCUAAGACGAUUAGACAGGGUUUAUGAUUUAAGAGGAAACCUUUUUUAAUGAUCCUUAACCUUUCAACUUUGACCGUCUGAAAUUUGAUUCUUUUUUUAGUUUUAUUAUAGUUUAUUUUAAUUUGUGUAUUUAGGGUGGAAUAGACUUGGUGACAUGGCUUCAUGCCCUGCCAUUAGGUGAUUUUAUGAUGCCACAUUUUAGUAGCAUGACAUAUAAGAGUGUAUAGAAUUUAGUUUAAGCAGAAUUAAAAAUUUAUGGAAUUCUAAAAUGUGUAUUUAAAGAAUUCUAUAUACCGGUAAUCCAAAUUAAAAUUUUUUUUGUAAAAUUGACUGUUUGCAUUGAAGGAAUGAUUUGUGUGUAUAUGUAUUGAAUGAGCUGCAAGGUAGAGCUAUUCGGAAUAUUCAUAACAAAUACUCUAUGGUUGAACAUGUAUACAAUUUGAAUUUUUGUGGUGUAUUUUUGAAUAUUACCGGAGUUUGUGAAAAUUUAUAAUGGGAUUGGUGGAAAUUUUCUUUCUUAUAUUUUGUCAUGUUGAAGCUGAUAGUUGGCGCAUGUAAAUUAUAUCUUGAAAAAAUAGUAUAUUUUUAUAGUUUUUUGCUUUACAAUUCCGCUGAUUGAAAUUGUAUGGCACCCCUAGAUGAUAAUGAUAGCCCAUUGUAAAAAUAUAUGCAUAGUGCAGUAAAAUUUGUAUACAUGCAAGCUAGAUUUAGCUGAGGGUUUCAGUUAGUACUUUUUCCUAAUUUUCAAAUGCACAAACGUUUCAAUUUUGUUUCUAGUUGGGUUGUGGCACACUUAGGUGGAGGUGGAGUUAGAUUUGAAGUCAUUUGAAAAUUUAGCCACAUCCUGCCUUAUCAACCGUUUCAGUCCAAAGAAACUUUCACUCUUUAAUAUUUUUCUUGUCAGCAAAUUUUGCCACUAGUCCAAUAUUUUGACUCAAGUGAAUCUGAUUGGUUGCCAAAAUCAACUCCUAUACCUUAUUGAGGGGUCAAAGGUUAUCCAUCACACUUUUAAUUCAUUUAUUAAUAGCCUGACCAAAGUCAAGACUUUCUCAGACAAGCAAUUUGCAACAAUGAAGGAGUCUUUAGUCAGACAAAGUGUCUAAGAAUAAAUUUACAAAAGUGAAAGCAGGCCCUUUAAACUACUGAACUAUUUAUUGCUUAAGUAUCUUUGCUGGCACAAAUGCUGAAAGAAAUGGGCUGUAGUAAUACGCGCCGAAUAUUUGGUACUAUCGUAGUAUGUGUACCAUGUUAGGCCAUAAUUUUAUUCCAAUCCCCCUAUUUUAGUUCUAGCACAAGUUCGGAGGCUGUCUGUGUUAGCCAAGUGAAUAUCCCCCUGCCCAUAGGUUACAGUCCUUUUCCUUGCCCAUAGGUUACAUUCCCUUUACACAACUUGAUGUAAAAUAGGUGAACAAAAUUAGUUACCUCCAUAUUGGUACACAUACUUCUGGAGCGCCCAAUAUUCAAUCAAUCCCUGUUAAUUACCCAAACUAUUUUAUUAUAGUUUUUCAAAUCGUGGCAUUAGCAAAACUGAUGUCGCCAGGUUUUUAUGCUGUGGUGCUUUACACAUAUAUAAUGAGGAACUCUUCAAUACCAAAUGAAAUAAUAAAAAUUACCGGUACUAGAAAUUGAAAUCAGUCACUUUGUUAAAAUCAGUAACAAGCACCCAAGAGUAUUUCCAGGCGACCCAUAGUUUGGGGAAGACUGCUCUAGUGUAUGACCCGUACAAUGACUAGAGAUUUCAUAGUUAAAAUGUUGAAAUUCUUAACAUUAAUUUUUGAAAAAGUAUUUAUGUAUGUUAUUGUAAUACUAUUUGUGUAUAAUACAUCCAAGUUUUGUUUUUAUGUAUGCUUGCCUAUCUCCUUCAAUUCAAUUUUUGCUGGUGUUUUAAAUUAAGUUAUAUCAGGGGGUCUUUGUGAUAACUGGAAAGAGUAAUGAGACAUAGCCCUAGAGAACCCAGUCUGCCAAGCCAUUUAGUGUGGCCGUUGUCACUCAACACUCAGAAAAUAUCUCUUAAUAAUGCUUCACUUCAGACUAUCCAUGUAGACAUCAGUAUGUUUUAGAUUCUCUUUCAAAAUAUUCAUGAAUUGAAACAAGUAUCCUAAACUAUCCAUUAUAACCCAGGCUCUUUAUCUCUUUUCCCUAUUACCAGGACCCUAAAAUUAGGAUAUCUUGUAGGGUGGACGGUUUUAUGCAUUUAUGGAAUUCUGAACAUUAUUUGUUUUAUAAAAUGACAUUAAAAUCGACAUUUUUUGAGUGUCAUUGUGUUAAAUAUAACAGUUUAAAUUAUCUAAACUUUGAAUAAUUAAUUAAUUGUCACUACUAGUUAAUUUUUUAUAAUCAUUUGCUUUUCAAAAGUUUAUUGGAAAUUGACUGAAUUAUAUAAUUGUUUGCAUUGCAGAGUAGCUCACUAUACAAUGUCACAUCGUUGCGAGAAUUUUUUCAUUUAUAUUAUAUAAUCCAGUGCUUCCCAACCUUUUUCAGUUUGCAACCCACUUUUAUUGCCAUUUUUUUUUCUGUGUGACCCACAAUCAGAUGUUAAUAAUAGAUAAGAAAAGAAACAAUGUCUCACCAUGCAAUUUACUAUUAAUGCGAAACUUGAUAUUGGAUUGCAUGUUGGAUAUUAUCAGAUCAACACAUAAUCCUAAUUGUAACAUUGUUUCAUAAUUGCUACGUAAUGAUAAUGCUACAAUUUCUAAUCGAAAACUGUACGUUGCAUUUGGAAAUACUUCGUGACCCACCUUGAAUAGCUGGACGGAAAGCACUGAUAUAAUCCAUUUUUCACUACCUAUGUAUUUUGGUAUUUCUGGCCAGAUCAUGACUGAGUUUUUUUUUACCCCAGAAUGUAUUAAUUUGCUUCAUGUAAUAUGUCUUGGUGCUGUUUGCCAUAGUUUCCACAAUUUGAAAAAAAUUUAUGAAAAUACAAACUACUUAUUGGUGGUCAUGACUGCAAUAUCAAGCAGUAAUGUAUUACAAGAUUCAUGUUCUAGGAUUUUACAAGAUUGUGACUGGAUUUGGAGUGAUAUUUGAAAAUACUACGGUAUAUCAGAAUGCUUGCCUAAUAGAGUAUUCAGUUGUUGCCGUUCCUGCUUAAUAUCCAAGUUCUUAUGCAAACAUUUCUAGUUAUCGUGUAUUUUGUGUUAAAUUGAAUUCUCACUGGAUAUUAAAAACAGAAACAAUGAGUCACAUAGGUUAUGAUAUGUGUUUCCUAUUACAUUUCCGUAUUUGUAUUAAAUGGUACAGCUAGUAUUUUAAGGUAUACUUCAGGGAUGGCCGAAACUAGAUAAUUAAUAUACCGUACAUUUUGAAAAUUAUUUUCAAUUUUGUAAUAUAACCUAUCCUGAAUAUGGCCUUGUUCAGUUAGGAACUGUUAUACAGGGGUGUCCAUAAAGUCCCAAAUAAUUUUAAAAUUGUGAAGGGAAUUUAUCGAUACCAUGUAUUGUUUUGGACCUAAUACAAAUAUGAUAAAUGAAUUAAACAAUUAAAAAACAGACUUUAUAUCAAAAUUGAAAUUGUAAGGGAUUUUAUGGACACCCUGUAUAUCAUGUGGUAGGAUUUUAUUGUGCAGAAAAAUUAGGCUGUAUGGUUUGGUUGGUUUUUCGAUUUUCACAAGUGUAUUGAAACCUAUUUUUUCUCUGUAUUAAUGUUUUUGCAUAAUCAUCUUAUUGCAAAGGCCACCCACAAGGAAAAAAUGGUGUGGUGCCCGUCAAACUAGUUUUAAUUUAUUUUAAUCUGGUACAUGUGAAUAAUUUCAAUCCCAUUGCGCUGCAAAGCCUAUACCAGAGUCCAAUUUAUUAUGUAUGUCUAUGACGUUACAAUGCCUUUUUUGUGCCUGUAACUACUAGUAAGCCUAUGUUAAAUAAAUGUGUGGCCUGCGGUUUCACCCAGUUAUUUGUAUCUGGCUCUCCUGUUGCAUACCCCUGUCUUGGAUUAGAGUUUCCUUAAAACACCCCCCCCCCCCCAAUCCUCAGAACAGUUUGCUAUUAUGUGAAAUAUACUUUACUAGCCAUUCGAUAUUAUACAAUUUUAUGAGCAAGUUAUGAGGGCAGUGUGACUCUCUUGACUCACAAAUAUAGACUCGAUGUUAUUUUUAUUUGGUGUGCUAUUUCACUCUGAAACAAGGUGCCCACAUUGUACGUUUGUGAACAGUGCUUGAUUAAAAUAAUAUUUGCAGCCUGUUUGUUUUAUUUCGCUCCAUUUUAAUUAUAACAUUGUAUUUGAAAAUAAAUACUGUAUAAAAGAUAUUAAAA